CAGAACUCAGCUGUGACUAUAAAGACUCGCCUAUAAUUUCUCCGCCGACCAAAGACCGCUGCUUGAGCUUUGCUUGUUUGCUUCCUAUUUUUUCAACGGUACUCACCGUCUGACUGAUCCAAGAUUUUACACUUGUUGAAGAGACACACUUAAUACUUCAGUGAAUUGCUCAGCGCAGGUGAUUCAAGACCUUGCAAAGCACGUCUUGCUUCUUGAACGGAGGAGAGGAAGAUAUGGCAUCCUCUGAUAACUUGGAAGUUGUUGCAAGAGAAGUGAAGGAGAGAGAAAACAAAGAUGAGGACAAGGACGAAGACAAGGGGGGCUUCAUUGAAAAGGUUAAGGAUUUCAUUCAUGACAUCGGGGAGAAGAUUGAGGGGGCUGUUGGAUUUGGAAAGCCUAGUGCAGAUGUUGCUGCCGUUCACAUUCCUAAAAUCAAUUUGAAGAUGAUAGAGAUUGUUGUUGACGUGCUGAUCACAAACCCUAAUCCAAUUCCGAUCCCCCUCGUAGACAUAAACUACCUUAUUGAAAGCGAUGGGAGGAAACUUGUGUCUGGAUUAAUCCCAGAUGCGGGAACAAUCCAUGCUCAUGGUUCAGAAACAGUCAAGAUACCCGUGACAUUGAUCUAUGAUGAUAUAAAGAGCACCUAUACUGAUAUCAAGCCAGGAAGCAUUAUUCCGUACAAAAUCAAGGUUGAUCUUAUAGUGGAUGUACCUAUUUUUGGAAGGAUUACUCUGCCUUUAAAGAAGACAGGCGAGAUCCCUGUUCCAUAUAAGCCUGACAUUGAUGUUGAUAAGAUUAAGUUUGAGAAGUUCUCAUUUGAAGAAACUACUGCAGCUCUCCACCUCUCUCUUGAGAACAAAAAUGACUUUGACUUGGGACUAAAUUUGUUAGAAUAUGAAUUCUGGCUUUCUGAUGUUAGCAUUGCGAGUGCAGAGCUCACAAAAACUACAAAACUUGAGAAGAAUGGAAUUACUCAUAUGGAGAUUCCCAUAUCUUUCAAGCCUAAGGACUUCGGUUCUGCUGUAUGGGACAUGAUUAGGGGAAGGGGUACUGGUUAUUCAAUGAAGGGUAAUAUUGAUGUGGACACUCCCUUUGGACAAAUGAAAUUGCCCAUCAGCAAGGAAGGAGGAACUACGCGCCUCAAGAAAGAGGAUGACGACGACGACGACGAGGACUAGAGGGUUGGUGCUAGGGAGUAUGCGUGCAGAGAGUAUUUCAUGAGUUCUGUAAUUCUUCGUAUGCUCCAGAUUCUCUUAUUGUAUUAAGUGAUCUCUGGUGUGAUCUUGUGUUGUGUUGUUUGAGCUAGCACAUCAAGGGCCAUGGUUAUGUUGGACUUGAGACAUGUUUUGUUCGCUUUUACUUAUUUCUCCUUGAGAGUUUCUAUAAUAAAUAGACUGAAUAGUAAAAAGGCUUCCUUCUUAA